AUGACGAAGAUGGACAAGAAAACUGAGGCUCAGAGGGCUCAAGUGAAAUACUCAAGGUCUCACAGUUUGGUAGACAACCCUGUUGAAAACCAUCGUAUUUCUCACAGCACCUUCUUUAGGGCCCAAGGAAACAACCCCAAAGUGUCUGUACAUUCAGCCUUCUCUGUACUUUCCCAAAAGGAACAGAAAAAGAACAAAUCCCAGGGAUCAAUUUCAUUUGAGGAUGUGACUGUGAACUUUACCCAGGAGGAGUGGGGUCAACUGGACCCUGAUCAGAGGACCUUGUACAGGGAUGUGAUGUUGGAGAACUAUAGCAUCUUCAUCUCACUGGAAGAAUUGAAAGUUGAUGGCAUAAUAGAGAGCAAAGAAAACCAAGACAGACAUUUAUGGCAAGAUGCAUUUAUCAAUAACAAAAAAGUGAUUACGGAGAAAGAGAAUGUAUUAAGGAAAACAUUUAAUCUGUACAUAGACUCUGUUCCUUCCAGAAAAAUGUCCAGUAAAUAUAAUCUAGAUGGAGUCAGUUUAGAAAAUACGUCGGAGUUAACCACUAAUAAUAAAAACUACUCAGGAAAGAAAUCCGAUGAUGCCAAUGGGUACAAGAAAUUGCUUCCUGAUAUUAAUCAUGAGAAAACUCAUACUAGAGAGAAGUUUAAUGAAUUUAAUAAAAAUGAGAGCAUCUUCUAUCAUAAUGAGGAUUUUAUUCAGCAACAAAAGAUUCACACUGUGGAGCAACUGCCUGAAUAUAAUGAAUGCAUUAAAACCUUCCACAAUAAUGCUCUCUUCAUUACACAUAACAGAACUCACACAGGAGAGAGAUCAUGUGAUUAUAAUAAAUGUGAGAAAACUUUCAGGGGUGAGUCAAACCACAUGCUACGUGAGAUAAUUUACUCAAGGAAGAAUCACUAUAAAUUUAAUGAAUGUGGGGAAAGCUGUGAUAAGUCAGUCCUUUGGAAGAAACAUCCUAGAAUUCACAUGGGUGAAGAGUGUGAGAAAUACCACGAGUGUGAUGUAUGUGGGAAAACCUUCCUCCGGAAGUCAAACCUCACAAUACAUCACAGAAUACACACAGGAGAAAAACCCUAUAAAUGUAAUGAAUGUGGGAAAUCCUUUUACCAGAAGUCAACCCUCACUGUACAUCAAAGAACUCAUACAGGAGAGAGACCCUAUGAAUGUGCUAAAUGUGGGAAAAAAUUCUACCAGAACUCAGCCCUCCAUCAGCAUCAAAGAACACACACAGGGGAGAAGCCUUACAAAUGUAGUGAAUGUGGAAAAUCUUUCUCCCAAAAGUCAGACCUGACUGUGCAUCAGAGCUCUCACACAGGCGAAAAACCUUAUAAAUGUAACAAAUGUGACAAGUCCUUUAGUAUAAAGUCAAAACUCACUGUACACCAGAGAAUACACUCAGGGGAGAAGCCCUAUGAAUGUAGCAACUGUGGGAAAAUGUAUCAUAUGAAGUCAACCCUCAUUAAACAUCAGAGAACUCAUACAGGGGAGAAACCUUAUGAAUGUGUAGAAUGUAGGAAAACCUUUUCUGAGAAGUCAACCCUCAGUAAACAUCAGAGAAUUCAUACCGGGGAGAAACCCUUUGAAUGUAACAAAUGUGGGAAGUCAUUCUGCCAAAAGUCACAACUCGUUGAACAUCAGAGAAUUCAUACAGGGGAGAAGCCCUUUGAAUGUAAAGAAUGUAGGAGAACAUUUUGCCAGAGGGCAUCCCUCAAUGUACAUCAGAGAACACACACAGGAGAGAGGCCCUAUGAAUGUAAUGAAUGUGGAAAAUGUUUUUAUGAUAGUUCGACCCUCACUAAACAUAAGAGGAUUCAUUCAGGGGAGAAACCCUAUAAAUGUAAUGAAUGUGGGAAGACCUUCAGCCACAAGGCAACUCUCACCACACAUCAGAAAAUACACAGAAGAGAAACACUGUAA